AUGGCGCCGCCAGCGAAGAUCUGGGAGAAGGGCUCCGACUUCUUGGGCAAGGCAAAGGACUAUUUUGGGAAGAAGCGUACGUGAAACGUCUCCCGUACAUUGGAACCCGCUCCGAGACAUGACGAUGCCCACACUGGGAGCCCGGCGGCUAACAAACAUGCCCACAGAGCAACCACCUCCUCUCCUGUCCGAGAGGACCGCAGUCCUCUGUGCCGUGCUCUUCACCUUCCUCUACAUUGCCCCUUUCUACCUCUCCAACGCCCUCCGCUCCAGCCCAACUAACUCCAGGGACUCGCCGGCCGUCAUCAAAGCGAGAGUCAGGGCCGUGGUGCUCACGAGCUUGGCUUCGGCCGCCAUCACCAUCUAUAUCCUGACGACCCACGGCCAUGCGGGCCCCAGAGAUGUCUUGCGCCUCUUCGCCAUAUGGCCCAUCAAUCCCAUGGACUGCGUGAAAGUGCUUGCCCUGGUCUGCCUGCUCUUCACCGGGCCUCUCUACGAACUGCUCAUCGCCCAAGGAAGCUGGCGAAAUAUAGGCCCUUUCUCCAUGAAAGCGACGAUCUGGGACUCAUGGAUCGGCUUCCGAAACUACCUCUUCGGACCAUGGUUCGAGGAGCUGGUCUUCCGCUCGCUCGUAGUGUCGCUCUAUCUUCUCGCCAAAGUCUCGCCGACCCGAAUCGUCUUGACCUCGCCACUGGUAUUCGGAGCCGCUCACUUCCACCACUACAUCGAAUUCGUGCAUACCCGCACGCCUGCCGGCCGCAAGAUGCCGCCUCUGAAGGUGCUCCUGCUCGGCCUCGUACCAACCGCUUUCCAAUUCGCCUACACAAGCCUGUUCGGCGUCUUCGCUGCUUUUGUGUACCUGCGGACCGGCAACGUCUUCACGUGUGGUCUCGCACACAUGUUCUGCAACUACAUGGGCCUCCCGCGUGUCUGGGGCAGGGUCGGCCAGUUCACUGACUUUGAGCCGCAUGAAGUGACGCCGGAUGUGGCGCAAGGCAAACGACACAAUCUCGAUCAGGUCAAGGGAGGCCACAGCCUGACGAAAGAUGUUGGCAAGAACGAGCAGAAGGCUGGGGAGGUCGUGCACGCUGGUAUGAAGGAUCUGGGAGUCGCGUGGACGGUCAUCUACUAUGUCCUACUUCCAACUGGGGCAUAUGGGUUCUACAGAUUGUUGUGGCCGUUGACGCAGAGUGAGAACGCUCUGGCGACUUUUUGA